AUGAAUUUAUUUAAUAAAAUUAUUUUUAUUUUCAUUCUCUUUUUUAAUUUAAUAUUUUUAGUAACAACGACAACAGGUUCGCUUCCAAGCUCUCAUCACUCAACAAUAAAUCUUUCAAAACGCGAUAAUCAUCUUGUGCUGCUUGGCCCUGGUUCAUGUGAAAAGACUUGUAAUCAGCGUUAUAAAGGAAAAGAAUUUACAAAAUGUAUGAAACAAGUGUGCGGAUACCCAUAA